ACCCGCACCGACGGGGAAAAGCAGAGAUGGGGGGUAAUCACAAGAUUUCCAGUGUGAUUGCUGAAAUAUUUUUCAGCCCCAGGGGUGCUGACGAAGAUGAGACGAUUCAUUGCUUGUGCUCGAGAGCCUAUGCGCAAGAUAGAGAAUGGUACCGCUGGGGCUGGAAGACGCGCUUUGUGAACACUGAGCCCGGAGAGGAUGAUUUGGAAGGUAGUCAAGGAGAGGAAGAUCCAGAGGAGGAGGAGAGGGAGGAGGAAGAGCAGGCUGCUGCAGACAGUAGUGAGGAGUGGGAUGAAGAGGCCUCUCUGAUGGCCAGCAUGGGCCUGCCCCUGGCAUUCUGCAGCUCCUCAGCACCUCAGAAACGGCUGGGGAAAACUCACCACAAGCCAAACCGCGUGAGGGGGAGGAAGUGCAGCCCUCACAGGGAGGAGGAGCCUGAGGCUCUGCCCACUGAGGAGUCCCCGUGUGAUGGACAGGCUGCUCAGACUGCAGGGGUGGGGCCGGAGGAGGAGCCUGAGGCUUCGCCCACUCUGGAGCCCCCGUGUGAUGGACAGGCUGCUCAGACUGCAGGGGUGGGUCUGGAGGAGGAGCCUGAGGCUCCGCCCACUCUGGAGCCCCCGUGUGAUGGACAGGCUGCUCAGACUGCAGGGGCGGGGCUGGAGGAGGAGCCUGAGGCUCCGCCCACUCAGGAGUCCUCGUGUGACGGACAGGCCGCUCGGACGGCAGGGGCGGGGCCGGAGGAAGGACACGCCUCCACGUCCUCUCAGGGCUGGGAUCUGUAUUGGGCCCAGCAGGGGAACUCCCUCCUGUGGCAGGCCUGGCUGGAGACACACCCGCAGGACAGCAGUGACCAGCAGGGGGCGCUGUGGGACAGCCCGGACAGAAAGAGCGAAUGGGAGCUGCACUACAGCCAGACAUACUACCGCUACUGGGAGGAGUACCAGUACUGGGCGUCUCAGGGCUGGACCGUGGCCGACGCCCACGAAGAGGCGGGGCCAGGGCUGUCGGAUACGCCCUCCGGGGACACAGUGGGCUCUGCGAUUGGAGGAGGCCCGGGGGCAGAGGAAGAAGCGGCACAUCUUAUUGGACAGCUGAGCCUGCUGAGUCCGGGGGGAGCUGAGGAGACUGGCGGUCGCCAGGGUGAGGGGCGGGGCGAGGAGCCCUGUUGCCUGGGCGACGAGCCGUGCGAUGGCGGGAAUCGGAAACGGACGUCCUCCAGCAGAGCGGGCUCUGAGCCAGCCGAAUCCAGCCAAAACUCCAGGAGCUCAGAAAAGAGGCGUGGCCAGCCGGAGAAAGCCUCUUUGAACGGUGAAGAUGAUGAUGGUGAUGAUGAUGGCCCUCCAGACAGACUAGGAGUGAAGAUCAAGAGGAGUCACGAGCUGGAUGAGGAGGAGAGCCCGCACACGCGUGUGGAGGACAGCACGCACACGCGUGUGGAGGACAGCACGCACACGCGUGUGGAGGACAGCACGCACACGCGUGUGGAGGAGAGCCCACACACGCGUGUGGAGGAGGCCUGGAAUCGGCUAGGCCUGAAACAUGGACCAAAUCCUGUGUUUGAGAGCACUUUGAAGUUUAAAAGGGGCGGGGCAGACAGGAGCCGAAAGCCGCAGAACAAGCACAUCUUCUUCACCGAGGAGAGCGACGCCCCCCAGCCCAAAAUGAGCAAGACCCUCCGGCAGGUGCAGAGCUUCUUGGCGCGGAUUCAGAGCGACGAGGGGGUGCUGGGAGGUUCAAACAGUGUGACGCGUGAGGAAGAUGAGGAGGAGGAGGAGGAGAAGAAGAAGGAGAGCGAGGAUGAACACGAUGAAGACGCGUGUCAGAGGCCUGAGGAAGACCAUGAGGAGGGAGAGGAAGAGCGAAGUGGGGAGACGGAAACCUCUGCCACGCCCGCUCAGGCCCCACCCCCCCAGCAGCCCUUCGUGAGGAUGGACAGUGACGGUGAGAGCGACAGCGCCCCCAAGAGGGAGCUGCAGGCGCUGGACAUCCCAGAAUACCUCCUGCCUGACCAACCUGAGGGACAGAGCAAGGCAGCUUCCUCCCGUAAGAAGAAGGCCAAGAACAGGAAGAAGAGAAAGAAGAAGGACGCGGAGGUUCCACCCGAGAUCGCGGCGGAACCGGACCUGGCCAAGUACUGGGUCCAGCGGUACCGCCUGUUCUCCCGCUUCGACGAGGGCAUCAAACUGGACCACGAGGGCUGGUUCUCGGUGACUCCAGAGAAGAUCGCUCAGCACAUUGCCGUGCGGGUGCAGCAGCUCAGCCCAUGUGACCUGGUGGUCGAUGCUUUCUGUGGUGUGGGAGGAAACGCCAUCCAGUUCGCCCUCACGGGGAGAAGAGUGAUCGCCGUAGACAUAGACCCAGUGCGGUUGGCCUUGGCGCAGAACAAUGCGGAGGUGUACGGCGUCUCAGACCGCAUCGACUUCCUGCAGGGAGACUUCCUGCAGCUGGCCCCCCGCCUGCGAGCCGACGUGGUCUUCCUCAGCCCCCCCUGGGGGGGCCCCGAUUACAUCAGCACCGACGUCUUCGACAUCAAGACCAUGAUGUGCCUCGACGGUUUUGAAAUUUUCAGACUUGCCAAACUGAUUUCGGAAAACAUAGUGUACUUCCUCCCUCGAAAUACUGAUGUGGAUCAGAUCGCCUCUCUUGCUGGACCCGGAGGAAGAGUAGAAGUAGAACAGAACUUUCUCAACAGCAAUUUGAAGACCAUAACUGCAUACUUUGGCAAUUUGAUUCACUCUGACUGUUAGAUUUGUCAUGCAGGUUGCCUGGUUGUUUGUGUGCCGUUUCAACCGUGUUGUCCAUCGAAAUGGCGUCCGUGAGAUUAUUUUAGUUCAGGAGUCCUUGUGGGUUCUGUUUUAUAUUUAGUUUUUUUUUUGUUUUUAGAUUUUACACUAUAUUUUGUAUAUGAUAAUAAAUUGAAUUGUGCAAUUUG